AUGGAUGUGAUGGAUGUCCCACAGGAGUGCAUAGUGGUUCUGGCUACCUUUUUCCUUUCCAUAAAUGCAAGGUACUGGUGGGAGUCAGUCAGAAGACAAUAUCAGGACCCAUCAACCAUCACGUGGCAAGCUUUUCGGAAUGCCUUUGUUGAGCAGUUCUAUCCUUUAGCCUACCAAAAUAUGAAGAUGGAGGAGUUCCUUCAACUUGAACAGGGCAUUAUGACGGUGUUAAGAGUAUGA